GGCGGCGCAAAGAGGAGCUGCUGCGGGGAGGUGGCGGCUCCGUCCCGAUCCGGGUCCCGGUUCUGUCCGGCGCGCUGAAGUUUUCCAGUGGAAUUGCAAUACAAGGCUUCUUGGUGGACUUGAGCAAACCUAAAAAGCCUUAAAAAUCAACCCUGUUCUCUUUCAAGACUCCAACUAAAAGUCUGCUCAGCUCUAGUUUUCUUUUUCAGAAAUAAAGUUGACCAAGAACUGGAACAAGAUGGCAUCUGUGCUCCAAAAUGUCAAAGCAACAGUGGCGUGGAGGAAACACCGGCUCCUAGCUGACCUCAAUGAGGAUGAGAGUCCUGUGCCUGACAAAUUCAAGAGAAGGGCCUCUCUGAGUUCUCUCAAUACCAUUCGCAUGUCUUUAAGGAAACGGGUACCAUUAAAGCCAGUUGAGUUGAAUUUUCAUAAAACCCCAACUAGGGAAAGUCUGGAACCAAGGCAGAGGUGCCAAACUCUUCAGACUAUUAAAAGAACAGCAACAUAUGCUUUUGGAACAGUGUCCCAGAAAAUACAGAAGUCUUGCCAAAGCCCAGUACGCUCAAUGGUGACCUUUCCAGCUGAAUCCAUCAGCAGAAGCUGUGCAACCAGUUCUACCAAAAAAAGAACUGCUACACCUCAAACACCUUGCUGUAAGAGUGUUACUCCAGCAGUCAGUUCCAAAGGCUCUCCAAAGUCCAGCAAAAGGGCCUUGCUUGGGGCAACAAGGGGGUCAGAACAUAGAGAACGGAGGGAUUUCUCAUCCUGGCUUGGUAAAAAUGCUCUCUCUCUCCGAAGAUCCAGAAGAGCAGCAGCACUGAAGAGCCCUUAUUCAUCUCCUGCUCCUUCCAGCAGAAAGAUAGAGUUUGACCGUGAGCUGGAACUGGUCUCCUCAGGGAUUUGCCAGUUGAAGCGUAUCUCCCAAGCAUUUGAUGAUGCCAUUGUGAAAGAGGAGAGGCAACAAGCAAUAUCAAACUACUACUAUCUAAUGGCACGAAACUCACAGUCUGUACAUCGAUCCUUGAAACCAUCUCAAGCUAUCAGAAGGCAAGCAAAGAAACUUCAUCAAGCACUUGGUACCUAGACAGAGAUGGCUGUAACUAUUUUUUCAUGUUUCCAAGUUUAUGAGCAUAUAUAAGGGAGAGGUCUGAAUAGCACCUAAAAGGCCGCACUGUAUACACUUAAUUGAGCUGUUACACUUUUUUUUUUUAUGAAACAGCUCAGGACUUUCCUUGCUUUCUCUUUUCAAGUAAAGAGAGAAUCAAAAUAGUACCAACCACAGUGUAUUAUCCCUGCUGAGAUGAGGGAACCGUAUUGAAACCGUAUUUCAUGAGGCAGUAAGUACUUAGAAAAUGAUGCUGAACUGGCCAGUAAGAAUGGCCAAAGCAAGGGCUUAUGACAGACUUCUGAAGGGUAAUCCUACGUAAGAGUAGUACUUAAAUUGGUAUCCAGCAGCCAUGAGAUUUAGCACAAAUACUUUCCAUGUGAAAAAGAUUGGUCUAUUAUUUUGAAAGCCUAACUUGUUGGGGUUUUUUUUGUUACUAGCAAACUAAAGUUAUUAAUCAUGUUAGCUGGAAGUUAAUAAAACAGUAGUGGCUUCUUUGAGUUCUAAGCAAAACUGCCAUUUCAAAGCAGCAGGAUUCUGUGGAGUCACUCAUGCCACAAGAACAGAGCCAUUUUAGGACUCUUACUUUAUGGCCUUAAGGAUUAGCCAUCUAAUCCUAUCUUAGGUAGUUUGGCUCCAGACAAAUCAGACCAACUUUGUAAUUUCUUAGUGAUGCUUUAGAUAGCAUCUUGGCAGUUGAUUUAAACAUUGCUUUUGUGCUGCAUCUGUCUUCUAGUUAUAUACAGAAAUUUGUUACUACAAUUAAUGUAACAUCUUGUAACUACUCUUAUUACUUAAUAUCACAGUGGAAGUAUUUUGAUUAUGUAUACUUAGCAUUUGAUACCUGUAUUUUGCUUCUAAUUACUUUAAAAGAAUUAACAUUCAUUUGACAAGCCUUUUUUGGUCUGUCAUUCAGUAUAACAAAGUUUAAUCUUUCACAUGAAACUAAAGAUUUGUCAAGUUUUUAGAAUUCAACAGCAGGGCUGUUUUCCAUGGCAAGCUUUGUGCAGGCUUCUCCAAUUAUGUUCACUCUAAAAGGAACUUUCAAACAAAAGACUUGAUUUGGGAAACUUUGCUCUACUUGGUAAUUUUUAAAAUGUGCAUGUGACCUAGUAGUUCCAGUGUUACUAAAAUUUUAAUGGUAUCAGGUAUAAAUAUGAAAAGCAUUCAAUUAUGAUUUCUGUAUAAGUAUUGAUUCUUAAACUUGCUCUAAAUUUUUCUUUUUUUCUUGUCAAAUGAACCCAUUUUAAAACAUUUGAACAGUUAAUGAGGCCUGGAAAUAUGAAAGCAACCCUUCCAGCCUGAAGACUUCUAGAAUUUCAGAUGACUGAGAAUUUUAGCUUGUGUUAUUUCUUGAUCUAGUGUUUGUGUGUGUUUUGUGGGUUUUUUAACAACUCUUCUACAUGGAAGUAUAAGUAUAGUAUCUCUAAGCUGUCCUUUGUAUGUCCUGAAACUACUUCUAUAAAGCUUUCACAACUACGUUGUCUCAUUAGUGAAACGCCUUUUCCUAUGACUUUUGAAAAGGAAGGAGGGUUGGAGGUUUUUGAAAAGUUGACCUCCAAUCUAAGUAUUAUUUCAGACAGAUCAACCAGCUUCUAUUUAUAAUGUUUCCACCAGCUACUCGGACAUGUACAAUCAUGAUCCAGUAUUUCUCAAAUGACUGGUAAGAAAAAUCAGUGACACUGUUUAAAGGCAAGAAGGUUUUAUUUAAGUGGCUAAUCUGUUUUAAGAUUUUAAAAACCAGCUCACAUCAAAAUCUAUAUCAGCUGUAGAAACCUUACUCCUUAUUUCAUAUUAAGAAAUUCAUUAUUGUACAUUUUUGAAUCUUUACAAGGCAGCCAUAAGAAAUAUAAACAUUUGUCACCAGAUAGAACCUUCUCACUGACAAUAUUUAAAAAUAUGCACUUAAUAAAACUAUAGACUGAAAGAACACCUACAAUUUCAAGUUUCCUUGAGUGAAUUCGGUUGUAAGGGGACUGCCCCUUUUCACCCCAACAUAUAGAAAAACAAGUUAUGCAUAAGACUUGGGGUUCUGUGAGAGGACUGCCAUUCUGGGCUGUAUACCAGUCAUCCAGGUAUAACACUACCUUUCAAACUUGCUAUCUGUAAAUCAUGUUUCAGUGUUGCAAUCUCUAAUAUACCAUCUCCCACCAUGUCACAGUAAACCUGCCUCUCUCUUUUCCCCCUCCUAUGUUCUAUACAUCCAUACAAAUGACAAAUGAACUGUGAAAUUUAUCACCCCCAACCCCCCAAAAUUCCAUUCAGUUUCAAGGAUAGCUUAUUGAAAUUAAUACAAGUAGUGGGUAAACUGUAAUAAUCUCUGUUUGGGCUUGACCUAAAAUGAGUGAAAGAGCCAACACAUGACUUCAAUUCCAGUGUCCAUGCACAUGAUUCUAGCUGUUCCAGGCCUUAUUUCUGAAAAACAGGUAUUUUCAUCCAGAAAAAUGUGUUAUUACUUCCAUUUUUAUGGGGGUUCUGAAUUUAGGCUUUAUCUAUAGGAACAUAUGGUUACCUGGAGUGACUAAACAUAAUGGAAGUCUUAAUUACCUUCACAAACCCACAAUUUCUGCUUAAGCUUUGAACACAGACCAUGAGGAACCACUGCUCUUAGAGAGGCUGAGAAGGUAGGCUGGAAGGUUUUGUGUGUAUAGAUAGGAACUCUAUCCUGUACCAGCUCCAGAUGAGGAUGAAAGUGCCACUUUCUCCCCUGCAUGCCUGACAUGAACAAUUCAAUGCAGAAAUCUUGAGUUCAGAUGCCACAAGUCAAUCUCUAAUCAGAAAAAUCAUGAAAUUGUGGUGCACAAUCCUCAUCUCUCCAUUAUCAAGCCAAUGAGUUUACUAAAAAGAUACCCAUGCUCCAAUCAGCUAGUCCUAUGAUGAUGUACUCACCUUUCUGCAGCCUAGAUGGCAACAGGGAAAAAAAACUGAGGAAAAUCCUAUUUGCUCAGUAACAACUGUUGGACCUACAAAUUUUAAAACAUAAAAUACCUACUGGUUUCAGGUAUUGUUUUAAAUGCUUAUUAAAAAAGCUUUUAGCAAGUUUAAAACAGAAAUGGUAUAGAAA